AUGACUCGUUCACACCUAAAGCCAGAAGGCUGUCAAUGGUUUAUACUCGAAUCAACUUUUGAGAUCGAUAAUGAAGUUUUUGAACUUAUUUUACCAGUAACAUCAAGCAUAGAUUUACCAGAUGCUGAUAAUAUGCGACGCGCGUUAAAUAGUUUAAUAAAAGAUGUAGGAAAGAAAUAUAAAGAAGCCCAAGAUUAUGAAGAAUGGAUGUCUCAAACCUACCUUAGUGAACUUUUUUCAAGAUUCUACGCUGAAUUUAAUGAAGAAACUUUAUUCAAAAUGCAAGAAGAUUAUUAA